AUGUCCAAUGGCGUUUUCUUGGCGAAUGGCACGACCUACCCUUUCAACAGUCUUCACUCCUCCGGGUACCAAGUCUUCAACGAGACCAGGUAUGAAGAAAUCGGCCUCGCCUACUCUGGAGCUCAGUACCUCUGGAACGUAUUCAUGUGGUACGCCUCGUACAUCUCUUCCUUUGUAUGGUGUGGCCUCUUUUUGGCUCCCACUCUCAAGCACGUCUACAAAUCCUUCCGUAACAAGCGACCGGCGCACACUGACCGCUUGAGUCGGCUCAUCGCUAAGUAUCCCAAAGUGACUUGGUGGGAAUGGGGACUCCUCAGUUUGAUACCGUUCUUCAUGCUCUUAGGAGUCAUUCUCACGAAAAAGCUCUACAUGUCCACCUGGACCUACUUUGUCGGCCUUGGUUUCGGUGCGGCCGCGAUGCUGCCCAUGUCAUUGGUGUACGCACAGUCCGGCUAUUCGAUGAAGGUGGGUAUCUUCAACGAGUUGAUUUAUGGAUAUAUGAUCGAGGCUCCUGGAUCUUCCCGUCAUCCCCUAGGUCAGCUCGCGUAUCGUAUCAUCUCUGGCAACGUAUGGUACGAUGCUCGUACUGUACUGGAAGAUCAAAAGAUCGGCCACUACUUCCACAUUCCUCCCCGCCAAGUCAUCGGCAUUCAGGUACUCGCAAACAUGCUUGCCAUCCCUGUCAACUACGGUGUCAUGCGCUGGGUCAUUGCUAGCAAGUUUGACUAUGUCAGUGGCAAGGUGACCGAUCCGGCGGGACAGUGGACGGGUCAAGAAUUCAUGAGCUAUAACUCUGCAGGUGUGCAGUACUCGCUUGUGGGACCGACAAGGUUGUUCAAGUCGACUGAUGUGUAUGAAAGGGUUGGCGCGAUUGCCCCCGUCAUCGUCUGGCUUCUUCACAAGCGAUUCCCCAAGGUCCGUUUCGACCUCUUCAACACUACGAUCUUCUUCUCUGGCGCUGCUACAUUCUACGGUAACCUGAGCACUGGACCAUUCACCACGUUCAUUGUCGGAACCGUAUGGAACUUUUACUUGUACAGGUACAGGAGAAAGUUCUGGAACACCUGGGCUUAUAUCUCUGGCGCUGCUCUCGAUACCGGAUUCAACUUCAACCUCCUUUUCAUCUUUAUAUUCCUCGGUACCACCGGUGUGGCGAUGAAGAAUUGGUGGGGUAACAACGAGGACAACAUUGAAAGAUGUUUCGCCCUCAGCACCUCCUAA